CGGUUUGGCGGGAGGGAGGGGCUUUGCGCAGGCCCCGCCCCCUGCCCCGCCCCGCCUCCAUGCGGCCCGCCCCGAUUGCGCUGUGGCUGCUCCGGGUCUUGGCCCUGGCCCUCGUCCGCCCCCGGGCUGUGGGGUGGGCCUCGGUCCGAGCCCCCAUCUAUGUCAGCAGCUGGGCCGUCCGGGUGUCCCAGGGUAACCGGGAGGUCGAGCGCCUGGCACGCAAAUUCGGCUUCGUCAACCUGGGGCCGAUCUUCCCUGAUGGGCAGUACUUUCACCUGCGGCACCGGGGCGUGGUCCAGCAGUCCCUGACCCCGCACUGGGGCCACCGCCUGCACCUGAAGAAAGAUCCCAAGGUGCAGUGGUUCCAGCAGCAGACGCUACGGCGGCGGGUGAAACGCUCUGUGGUGGUGCCCACAGACCCCUGGUUCUCCAAGCAGUGGUACAUGAACAGCGAGGCCCAACCAGACCUGAGUGUCCUGCAGGCCUGGGGCCAGGGGCUGUCAGGCCAGGGCAUUGUGGUCUCUGUGCUGGACGAUGGCAUCGAGAAGGACCACCCGGACCUCUGGGCCAACUACGACCCCCUGGCCAGCUACGACUUUAAUGACUACGACCCAGACCCCCAGCCCCGCUACACCCCCAGCGACGAGAACCGGCACGGGACCCGCUGUGCUGGGGAGGUGGCCGCGAUGGCCGACAAUGGCUUCUGUGGUGUGGGGGUCGCUUUCAACGCCCGAAUUGGAGGCGUGCGGAUGCUGGACGGUACCAUCACCGAUGUCAUCGAGGCCCAGUCGCUGAGCCUGCAGCCACAGCACAUCCACAUUUACAGCGCCAGCUGGGGCCCCGAGGAUGACGGCCGCACGGUGGACGGCCCCGGCAUCCUCACCCGCGAGGCCUUCCGGCGUGGCGUGACCAAGGUGAGUGGGAGCCCGAGGAGGGCCAGGGUGGCAGGCCAGGCCGACGCCCCCUCCCCGCCCCUCCUGGUUUCCCAGGGCCGCGGCGGGCUGGGCACGCUCUUCAUCUGGGCCUCGGGCAACGGCGGCCUGCACUACGACGACUGCAACUGCGACGGCUACACCAACAGCAUCCACACGCUCUCCGUGGGCAGCACUACCCAGCAGGGCCGCGUGCCCUGGUACAGCGAAGCCUGCGCCUCCACCCUCACCACCACCUACAGCAGCGGCGUGGCCACCGACCCCCAGAUCGUCACCACGGACCUGCAUCACCAGUGCACGGACCAGCACACGGGCACCUCGGCCUCAGCCCCACUGGCGGCCGGCAUGAUAGCGCUAGCGCUGGAGGCCAACCCGUUCCUGACGUGGAGAGAUAUGCAGCAUCUGGUGGUCCGUGCGUCCAAGCCGGCGCACCUGCAGGCCGAGGACUGGAGGACCAACGGCGUAGGGCGCCAAGUGAGCCAUCACUACGGCUACGGGCUGCUGGACGCCGGGCUGCUGGUGGACACCGCCCGCACCUGGCUGCCCACCCAGCCGCAGAGGAAGUGUGCCGUCCGGGUCCAGAACCGCCCCACCCCCAUCCUGCCGCUGAUCUACAUCAGGAAAAACGUGUCGGCCUGCGCCGGCCGCCACAACUCCAUCCGCUCGCUGGAGCACGUGCAGGCGCAGCUGACGUUGUCCUACAGCCGGCGCGGAGACCUGGAGAUCUCACUCACCAGCCCCAUGGGCACGCGCUCCACACUCGUGGCCAUACGACCCUUGGAUGUCAGCACCGAAGGCUACAACAACUGGGUCUUCAUGUCCACCCACUUCUGGGAUGAGAACCCACAAGGCGUGUGGACCCUGGGCCUGGAGAACAAGGGCUACUAUUUCAACACGGGGAUGUUGUACCGCUACACGCUGCUGCUCUAUGGGACAGCCGAGGACAUGACAGCGCGGCCUACAGGCCCCCAGGUGACCAGCAGCGCGUGUGUGCAGCGGGACACUGAGGGGCUGUGCCAGGUAUGUGACGGCCCCGCCUACAUCCUGGGACGGCUCUGCCUGGCCUACUGCCCCCCGCGGUUCUUCAACCACACAAGGCUGGUGACUGCCAGGCCUGGGCACACGACGGCGCUCGCACUGAGGGUCUGCUCCAGCUGCCACUCCUCCUGCUACACCUGCCGUGGCGGCUCCCUGAAGGACUGCACCUCCUGUCCCCCAUCCUCUACACUGAACCAGCAGCAGGGCUCCUGCGUGGGACCCACCACCCCUGACAGCAGCCCCCGGCUUAGAGCUGCCACCUGCCCCCAGCACCGCUGCCCAGCCUCAGCCAUGGUGCUGGGCCUCCUGGCCAUGACCCUCCAAGGCCCUGUUCUCUGCAGCGUGUCCAUGGACCUCCCACCAUAGACCUGGCUCUCCCGUGCCAGGGCCAUGCCCACCAAACCCCAGGUCCGGCUGCCAGCUGGAACCCGAAGUUGUCAGCUGAGAAAGUGACCGUGCCCCCGCCUGGGUCCCUGACAGGCACUGUUGCCCUGCUGCCUCCCCAGGCUGGCCCAGAGGAGCCAGCACCAGCCCCCGAUGCCCGGCCUGCCAGGCGUGGGCCCCGUGGAACCCUGCAGCCUGGGGGGAGGAGAGAGAGAGAAGUCUCCUAUGCAUUUUGGGUUUGGGUGGGAGUGGGCUGGGGGGAGAGGCUGGAGCACCCCAGAAGCCAGGGGAAAGUGGGGGGAGAGAAACGUGACACUGUCCGUCUCGGGCACCGCGUCCAACCUCAGAGUUUGCAAAUAAAGGUUGCUAGAAGGUG